GCCAAACGCCGUUUCGCAUUUUUAGACUUCUGUGUCACUGAACACUAGUAUUCCCGCUGUCUUGGGGGUAUACAACAUGGCGGAGGAAGAAAUUUACCUCGAUAGUUGGGAAGAACAGGCUGAUAGUGGUAUUCUGGACAAGCGGUUAGAGGAAAUGUCCAUUGAUAUACAGGCUAAAGAAACAGAAAGAAAGAAGCAAAUACAGAGUCUUAGCUCAGCUGCCACAAAUGUGUUAGUUGAUGAAAGUGGAAAGACGCAAUACCAACCUCAAGUUAGGAUUCUUCAAAGAGAGCCCAAGACCUCCUCCAGUCCAACCAAAAAUCAUAAAAAUAAUCUAAGCUCUGCCAAUAGCACAGGAUCUUCCAAACACAGUAAGUCAUUACAGCAGAGGGAAGCAGAGUACGCCCAGGCUAGACUUAGAAUAUUUGGCUCGUUGCCACCUGAAGAUGACAGUGUUAGUAUAGAGAAUUCAGCUGGACAAGAGGAUAUAACUACUGAGAAACAAUGCUCACCACAGAUCAUUAAACCUGAUAACUCAUUUCCCAGAGUGUCAGUCAUCAGACAACCCAAAGGACCUGAUGGGACUACAGGUUUUAACAAGCCAGACUUAACCUAGCAUCAGUAGCCUCUAUUCUAGAUUGACUUUGUUAUCCCUGUGUUUGAAAACAAAAAUCUAUAUGUCUACAUAAAUAUUUAUGGUGAGUGAAAUGGCUAGUAAAAAAGCAUUGAUCAUUUCUUAUACAUUAAUAUUCAUCCAUCCCCAAUCAGUUCAGCUCUUCUGCCAAAGUAAAUGUUUUUGUUUAUGGAAUGAAAUACUUAAAACUAAUUUCAAUUCAUUGACCCAUCAGCCUUGAUAAAUUAAUGCUUGAAUUGAUUCUUUUAGAAAUUUUGUAAUGUUUGAAUGCUUUUUUGAAAACGCUAUGUUUGUUUGUCAUCAGUGAAAAUAUUUUUUAAGUUGACUAGAUUUUUUUAAAGCAUAAUAAAUUUUUUUUUACCAAGAGAUGUGAAAUGAUAUCACUUGAUUGAUAAUCUUUUAGCAGUGUAGGUUAAAUUUACCAUGUUAAAUUUUGAAUUUCAGUGAGUUUUUUUUUUUUGGCUUAAUUCUUAAAAAAUAAAAAAAAAGAAAUGAGUUACUGUGAUUCCUGAUAAUGGUCAGAAAAGUUUUUUGAAGAUACUAGUUGCAAUCUAUUUUAGAGUUGCAUGCUUUUUUUUUUUAAUUUAGGCUGUAAAUAUAGAGUGGUGUCUCAUAGAAGGUUUGUGAAUGCUUUAUUUAUGACUAAAAUUAACUGACUUGAAAUGAUUGAUAGUAAAGUUUUUAUUUCCAUGCAUUUUUAAUGCAAACUUGAAAGAAGAUCUAGUCCUGUCAUAUUGAUAUACUCAGUCGCUUCUCUAUUUUUCAUCUCUACUCUGUAUAUAGGUCAGCAGUAAAUUGUUCCACUGUUGUAUCCCUGAUUAAAUUUUUGUUUAGCGACCCCAAGGAUUAUUGUCUUUAAUGUUAUUGAAAUUUGUGAUCCACUGAAAACUCUUGACACAAUUUCUAUGUCUUAUCUUCAAGAAAACAAAAUUUUACUUUCUAAGGGACAUUCUCUUUAUACAAACUGCAUUCAAUAUAUGUUUCUGAACUGAGUAAUACAGUUUGUUAUAAAGCUAUUAUUAUUACCACAUUGUUUCUCUCAAUGAAUUGCCUUUUUCUGUGUUCUUUUGGGAAGCAUGGCGAUUCCGUUGCAUCUCUCCAGCAGACCCAAACUUGGACAGCUCCAAUUAGUCAUCUAUCAUCACUAUUCAAAACUUUGAACCAGUAUUUCUUACUUUUAUCCUGUUUUACAAAAUUUAUAAUGCUGAGUUUUGAGAGGUCUUAAAAUAAAAGCUAAAAUCUUCGAAACAGAAAAAAAAGUAAAGCAAAACAUUUUUACAUAUUGUUAAAUUGCGUUGACAAAUGUUUCACUAAAAAUCACUUUUAGAGUUAUAUUAAAUUUUACUCCAAUUAAAAAUACAACAAAUUUUGUUACCAUCUUUAAUUACAAAUAAGAGUUCUCGUACUGUCAUUUAAACUAGUAGAGCAAAUCAUAUAAUCCUGACACUUUUGGAACCAUCUUGAUAGCCUCUUUGAUCUCUUGCACCUAAUCAUUACUUUUUCUAAAUCUGCACUGGGGCCAAAUCAACAAGCUAUUUUGCCAAUUUUACUUCCUGUUAAUAAAAAAUUGUGUCUCCUAGGAGUAAUUCGGUGUCUAUCCUCUCAGAUUGCCAGAAAGUAUUGAAACCAAAACCUGAAAGAGUUUUGAUGCACUUAAUAGCAUCAUGCUGAAUGUUUUUAUGGAAGACAUGAUAGAUCUAACUUAGAGUAGGAUUCUGAAAUCUAGAAAUCGGAAACAAAAAAAUUCAUUUAAUCUAAAAAUGAAGACCAUAGACUUAAUGCUUAGACUGAAUAUAAUAAGAUCUAGAGUAAACUUAACUGAUCUAAUGUAAAUUUUAAUGUAAGGCGUCCAAAAAAUUCCUGUUUUAUUUCAAUAUACGUUUAGACCUCUUUUAACUGAAUUGGAAAACAGUGUGGAGCCUUGAAAUUAAUGUAGCCAUAGAGGUUAAUUUGUAAGCCAAAUAACAUACUCAUAAACGGAAAGCUAGACAUAAGAAAACUGCUCUUACUGUACUGAUGGACAACGAAAGGAAGUAAGAUGAUCUGGAAAUGUUCCAAAAUGAGCCAGCUCAUUAAAAAAAAAAAAAAAAAAAAGAUGCAGUGUGAACUAUACAGAGGUUUCAUUGAUAAUACCAGUUUCUCUUAAACAAUAUGCUCACUUACAAAGCUCAUUCUAAAAUAUUGCUACCUAUGUUUUAUUGGAGUUUUUUUUAACUACUCUUCCCAAAAAGUAAUUAGAUCUAAGAGAUAUUCAUUUAAAAAUAGUUUCCAAUUGUGUGGAUUAAAAUUUCAUUUCUUGUUUUUAGUAAGAUUCUUUGAUUGAAAAUUUAACCUGUUUUUGUUUUUUUAAUGGCGCCUUAAAAUUAGAUAUGGUAUUAGGCUAGUCUCAAAAAUUCAAACCAAACAUUAUUAUUAAUUAAUAAGUAAAAUUAGCGUAGCUUACUCUUGGUCUAAGUGUGUCAGCUUACUCUUGGUCUAAGUGUGUCAGCUUACUCUUGGUCUGAGUGUUACUUAAGGUAUACAAAUAUUUUAUUUUUUUUAAGAUCUAAAUCGUGUGUAUAACUUUGAAUUGUUUUUUGUUCCAAUUCAAAUUAGAGCAAGUGUGA